GCCUGCCAUUCCAUUCGGUACAGGUGCAGCACGGAUUUGGUCGAUCACACGAAGAGCCCGCAUUGCAUGCUGUCGGUUCAGCAAGGGAUGUUGACGACAAUUUGAUUCGAGCAGGAGGCAUCACUUCCACAGGUCUUCAUCACUCUCGAGCUUUCAUCUACAUGGCGCCAGGCCAGACGUACAAGCACGGCACGCAAAUGAUGGAGUACGAAAAGCCGGGCGAUAAAGCCAAACUUCGUUCCCACGCAUUCGUCGUCGAUGAUCUUUCCAAGUUGCAAACACCAUCUUUCGAAGAUGUCGACACAUCUAGAUUCGACCGUCGUCUGAAAAUUGACGAUGAGGGGAAAAAGCAUGCUACAAAUGCGCACUCGCAGCACUCGCAGACGCUUGGGAGCAACAAGAAGGCCAAAAAACCCAAGCAUAUUCCGUCAGCUGACCAAAAUCCUACAUUUCCUGGCCUGGCGAGACACGUGGGGAAUUUGCCCUUUACCUCUUAUGGACAUUCUCGCGGGAGAGGCGGAGCAACUGCAAGCGCAGAAGAAACAGCGUUGCGUGGGACGACGAGCCAGUUCGCGCAAUCUGCGCAUCAAGUGGAUCUCAAUCUUUCGCCAAAAACCGAGCCGCCCACUCACAAUGGCAAAGAGCAAGGGAUAGACCAGACACACGCUUCGAGUGCGGAUGGAUUCGCAAGGCAAUAAGGUGGUGUGGAAGACGAAUCCAAAAGAAAAGCGGGAAGACCGAGAGGGAGCA